ACGCAAAAAUCAUUUUUAUCUCGUUGCGUGAAAAUUAUCACUUUUCAAAACAAAAAGUUCCGAGUUUCGGAUUUUGGUCGGUUCCUGGCGAAGCAGAAAUUUAAUCCGUUGCAUGUCAUGUUGAGCGCGUUUAUCCGUAGUCCCGCUAGCGUCCGUGGUGUCCGUCCUUUGAAUUGGAGCUGUAGUUUUUCAUCCGGACAUCCAGCCAAAGUUGUCCGUGAUUCGACGGAUCAACAAUCGGAAGAAAAAACGGAGGAAAGUUCGCCACCGAAGGUAGACUGGAACCGGUUACGAUUUCCCAGCAAGGUACCGCAGCGACCACAUCUUUCCGAGUUCGACCGGAAGCUACGGGAAAAUCCACCGCCACGGGUGACCGUAGAUGAAGCUACGGUACAGCUGCUGGAACGGCUGUCGCUAGUGGAUCUGGACAGCAAGGAAGCCCACAAAACGCUGGAGGAUUCAAUCGAAUUCGCAUCGCGAAUUCUGAGUAUUGAUACCGAGGGAGUGAAACCGCUGUACACGGUUCUCGAGAACCAGCGACUGGUGCUGCGGGAGGACUCGGUAACGGAUGGUAAUAUCCGGGAGGACGUCCUAGCGAAUGCUCGCAUAAGCGAGGAGGAUUACUUCGUUGCGCCACCGGGAAAUAUUCCUCUGGAUCAGGAGGGCGGUUCGUCGAAGACGAAUCGCGAUUAA